AUGAUUAAAAUUUUUUUUGGAAUUUUUCUAGAAUAUUGGUCAUUUUCUUCUUAUUUGGAAAUUCCAAUAGGUAAUUUACCUGAAGAUGUCCCUUCAUUUGGCUUGGAUAUUUUAUUUGCUAGACAAUUAAAAACAAAAAAUUAUUUAUUGUGGGCAUCACCAUCAUUAAUUCCAGAUUUUGGUGGAAAAGAUUUGGAUGAUUUACGUUUAAGUAAUGAAUGGGAAAAUUGUUCUUUUACUGGAAAAUGUUUUGGUGGAGGAGGAGAAAAUUAUUUGAUUAAUAAAGAAAUAUUUGAGGCUCAUUAUAUAACAGCAGAAAUAUCAAUAGGAGCAUUAGCAGUAACCGCCUUAUUACAAUCUGUUAAAAUUUCUGAAGCAGAAGGGACAUCAGAAUAUAUUGGAUUUACUUGUAAUAAAUUAUCUACUUUGUCUAUUGAAGAAUUAAUUAAUUGUCGAGUUGGUGGAAAAUAUAUUAACGAUUGUAUUGCUGUAAAUGGGGAAUUGGCUUGUUUAAGAGAGAUGUUUCAUCGUUUAGUUAGAGAUAUUCAUUAUCGAAAAAAUUUAAUUGCUGAUCAAUUGGUUAUCAAUAUGCAUAGAUGGAUAUGUGAUCCAAAUUCUUUAUUAUUUAAUCCAGCAAUUAAAAAUGCUUUAACUAUUUUAAUGAAAAAAUUGUGUUUACUUUUAGUUGCAGAAAUGCAACGUUUGGGGGCUAAAGUAAUUUAUUGCUCCUUUAGAAAAAUUGUUUUUUCUACUCAAAGACAUUCUUUACCCUUUGCUAAAUCUUUUGUAAAUUCUUUAUUAAUUGAAAUUAAUCAAAAACCAAUUUUUGCUUCUUUACAAUUAGGAUUAAUUCAUUUUUCAAGUGUUUUGUUGUGGAUAGAUUCUUCUAAUUAUGCUUAUGUUUAUGCUAGUGAAGAUGAGAAAAAGAAUGGACGUGUUGAAGCAAAAUUUGGUUUAGCAAAUAAAAUACAAGGAGAAAUUAAAAAUAAAUUUAUAAUAAUGAUUGCUGGUUUUGUUGGAAUGUUGUGGAAUAAAAGGAAGGAAUUAAAUGAGGAGGAUUUGAAUAGUAACCCUCAAUUAAUCUCACAAAUUUCACAAAAAAUUUUAAAAGAAGAAAUUGUUGAUAGUUUAUUUCGUUUAACAACAAAAUUAAUUUUAUUGAGACCAAAAUUGGAAGAAAUGGCUAAAGAAAAUUUUUGUUUAGAUAUUCCGUUGGAAUUUGUUAAUUGUAUAUGUCGAGUUUUGAGUGUUAAUUUAGCUUUGGAAGAAGUUGUGGAUAAUUUAAAGAGUCAAUUAUUGUUAAUUAUUUACAAGGAUGGCAUAAUAUUGACAAACCAAAACAUUUGGAUCCCUCCGACUUGUGUCAUUUUGGAAAAUAUUUUUUGUCAAAAAUGUUCACAAAAUGGUGAUUUGGAUGUUAGCAAUGAUUUUGGUAAAGGAGGAGAAAAACAAGGAAAAGAAGUCAACACCAAUAAUUUGCCAUUCCUUUGUCCUCAUUGUGGAAGUGAAUAUCCUUUAAGUUUAAUCGAGGAAAUGUUGAUUGAACGAGUUUCAAAAAUGCAGACUUCUUUUGCACUUCAAGAUUGGCAGUGUGUUUCGUGUAAAAAGAUUGGAGCGAAUUUUUUGCAUCGUCAUUGUGAAUGCAGCAACAAAUUUGAAUAUACAUUAAAGCCAGAGGAGCUGAUUCGCAAUCUUGAGAUGGUGAAAAGAGUAGCGAUUAAACAUAGAUUGGAAAAUUUGGAAUAUGUUAUUGAACAUGUUACUCGAUGCCUUCAAUAA